AUUUGUUUAGUACCAAAAAUGGAACGUACACUCCAAGGUGACUAUCAUGUCAGAGUCAGACCAUAUCCCUAGUGGCAUUGUCGUUGUCAUUUCCAGAAAUAUAAACUUUUGUACUUUAGUAAAUGAUUUCUUUGUGAAAGGAAAACGAAAAGCAAUGGAGAACUUGCUUUGUGAUGAGGUAUGGCUGUCAAGUCCCGGAACUCCUGACCAUAGCCAUGAUGAACGUGAACAUUGCAUGUUGAAGGGCUAUGCUGAUUCAUUUUACACGACGAAGGAAGACUCUGAGCAGGCUUUUGUAGUAUGCCUGGAGAAAGAGUUCAGUUACAUGCCUGAACCUGGAUAUCUAGAUCAUCUUCAAUCUAAUAAUUUGGUGUUUGCUAGGUUUAGAGCGGUUCAGUGGCUUAUUAAGACUUGUACUCGGUUAAAUCUCUCUGUUGGAACUGUUUUCAAUUCGACAAAUUACCUAGAUCGUUUCCUAUCUGUGGUUCAGUGCCAUGGAUGGGAACAUUGGAUGGUCGAGUUACUAUCCGUAGCAUGUUUAUCCAUUGCCUCCAAGUUCAAUGAGACCUCCCUUCCUUCCUUGGAUGAACUUCAGAUGGAGGACUUGGACCAUUCGUUUCAAUCAAGCACAAUCCAGCAGAUGGAACUGAAGCUGCUGCAAGCUUUAAAAUGGCGUCUUGGAUCCACAACAGUCUAUUCCUAUAUAGAGCUGAUUACAUCGAACAUCAUCUGUCUCAAAUGCAACCUUCAGAAAGAGUUGAUCAACCAAGUUACCAAGACGCUUCUCAGAGCUGAAUUAGAUAUCAGGUUGCUGCGCUAUCCACCCAGCGUUGUUGCAAUAUCUGCUCUAUGGUGUAGUCUAGAAAAGUUAUUUCCCUUAUCAUAUAAUGUCUACCUCACCAAUAUUAUGAGGCUCAUGAACCAAGAUCACGAGGAUGAUAUUAUCAAGUGUCGUAGGAUAAUGAAAGCAUGGUUGGUUGAUCCAUUCUACAGCUUAAAAGCUUCUGAUGAGCAAUCCUACUACUACCCUUCGAGUCCUGUGACGGUCCUGUCCAUGGAGCGGAUUGAUCAUCACAUCAAUGAUUGCCGAGUCGAUCUCUCACUCUUCACGAUGCCAGGUUCAAAUGCCAAUUGUGAAUCAAUUGCAACAAAAAGGAAGAGAGAAGAAGAGUAGAUCCUAGAAAUGGGAUUUGACAGUC